AUGGAUUUUAGUAUCAAGGCAGGCAUUGGUAUGGCUUUGUUGCGUAGAAAUGCUCUUAUUUGCAUCUGCCAAAGCGCUGAACUUCAGUGCAUACACACUUUGACUCUUUGGUCAAAGCAUUUGGCUCCCUCUAAGUCCAGCAGCCCCUGGCCAGUCUGCUUUUGCAGAGACGUUACCGCAGCCAUGUACUUUCCGGCUAGCGUUACCGAAGAGCCGUAG